CACAGCCUCUUUCACUUUCGUUUCUGCCUGCUGAGAGUUUGCUAUCAUCUUCCCUCUUUGAGAAGCGCUUUGCUGGCAGGUUUCACAAGCAGAGACACUGGCCCGGAGCUGCUGAGCCAGGCAGCCCCACAGCACAGGGCAGGAGAAGGUCUGGGGGCCAGCAGUGGAGCCAGAGGAGAUGCCCAGGUUCACCUUUUGUGAGAGGAGGGAGUUUGGGGAUCAGUUUGUGCAGCUCCUAAAAGACACAGGCAGAGAAGCUGUGAGCAGCCUGGAGGCACUGAGGAUCAUCUACAAUGUGGAGUUCAGGACCAGGAAUAAUACAAAGACGCCCAGUUUCUCCUCCGUCCUGUACACACUGAGAUGGAGUGGCGGGGCCGAGGUGCGGGGAGACUUUGUGCGCUUCGGAAAGGUGAAAAAGAAAGUGAAGUUUAGAGAUCAGUACUGGACACCAAGGCCAGAGGAGCCCCGCACAGACAGCCAGCAGGCAGGCACCGAUCAGCCUCCCCACAGAAGACGCGCCAAGGAGAGAGCGGAGUUCAUUGGUGGGAAACAUGGAGUGGAGAUUCUCUCCGAGCACAACCAGGGGAAAGGGCGCAUCCGCUUCCCCAUCAUGCCCAACGAGCCCACAACAGCCAGCAUUUGGGUUCAGAACAAGGGCACAGAGGAAGUGACGCUGUUAGGGUACAGGGCGCUUCGGAAGCAGCGUGAGAUCACCUUCCACGAUGAGAGCAAGGUGACCAGACAGCAGCCCCAGGUGUUGCAGCCAGGAGACUCUUACUUGAUCAAGGCGCAGUGCCUGACUCAGCACUAUGGUUACUUCUCCGUCACCGUGCUGUUCGAGUUCACCAAGGAGCAAGACGGGCCCUUCAGCAUUGGGUGGUUCGUGUCAGCCAUAGCCAAGAGCCGGCUGGCUGAGGAGCUGGGGCCCACUGCACCAUACAGGUCUUACCAGGCCGACCUGAGGAAGACAGUCACAGUCACCACAGAGGAUGGCAUCCCUCCCGACAGCUCCCAGCACCCUGAGCUUGAGCAGCUGAUCCCGCUGGGCCGCUACAACUACCCGAAAGACCUGCAGGACAUGGUCAAUACUGAGCGCAGCAGGCUGCGGAAGUCCCUGGCGGCUGAGCUUCAGUUUGAGAACUACCAGGAGAAGUUCCAGCUGCUGCUGCACCUGGAGGAGCUCCAGAUGGAGGUGGACAUCCGGCGCUAUGAUAUGCGGGACAUCCCGAUGGUGAAGGACACUCAGAACAAGAGGCUGCUCCUCCUGGAGGUCCCUGGCGUGGCAGAGAACCGCCCGUCCGUGCUGAAGGGCGAUCACCUGUUUGUCACCCGGAGUGAGCAGCGCGACUUGCCCCAGCUCAUCCAGUACAAGGGCUACGUGCACGCCGUGGAGCUUGAAAGGAUCAAGCUGGGCUUCUCCCCCAACCUGCUGGCGAGCUUUGUGAAUAACCUGAAGUUCGAUGUGACCUUUACCUUCAACCGGCUGCCGCUGCAGGUGCAGCACCGGGCCGUGGAGCUGGCCAAGAAGAGGAACUUGGGCGAUAUCCUCUUCCCAUCAUUUUCGUACAGAGAGUCCCUCCUCCACGAGGGAGGCCGGCUCAGGCUGUUUGACCGGAGCCUGGAGACCAACCAGGAGCAGUACGAUGCUGUGCAGCAGAUCAUGACAGGGAUGUCCAGGCCGGCACCAUACAUCAUCUUUGGGCCGCCAGGGACCGGCAAGACCGUCACUGUGGUGGAGGCCAUCAAACAGGUGGUCACGUGCAUCAAGGACUCCCAUGUCUUGGCCUGUGCACCGUCCAACAGCGCCUCGGACCUGCUGUGCCAGCGCCUGCUGAAACACCUGGACAAGGGCAGCAUCUAUAGGAUCAACGCCAGCAGCAGGGACUAUCGCCAGGUGCCGGAGGAGAUCAAGCCGUGCUGUAACUGGGACGAUGCCCAGCAGUGCCACGUGUACCCAAGCAAGGAGAAGCUGCAGCGCUACCGGGUCAUCAUCACCACCCUGGUGACAGCAGGACGGCUGGUAACGGCCCGCUUCCCUGACGGCCAUUUCACCCAUGUCUUCAUCGACGAGUGUGGCCACGCAGUGGAGCCAGAGUGCCUGGUUGCCAUCGCAGGAAUUCUGACAACAAUGGACCGGGAGACCAACAUCAGUGGGGGGCAGUUGGUGUUGGCAGGAGAUCCCAAGCAGCUGGGUCCGGUCCUGAGGUCCCCACUGGCCAUCGAACACGGGCUAGAGGUCUCGCUGCUGGAGAGGCUUAUGCUGCACAACUCCCUGUACCAAAAGGGAGCCGAGAGCUACAACCCGCAGUUCGUCACCAAGUUACUGCGGAACUACAGGUCCCACGCCGCCCUCCUCGAGAUCCCCAACCAGCAGUUCUAUGACGGGGAGCUGCAGGAGUGCGCUGACCACCUCAUCAGCUAUUCCUACUGUACCUGGGAGGAGCUGCCUAUGCAGGGCUUCCCAAUCAUCUUCCACGGAGUGUCCGGGGAGGACCAGCGAGAGGGUAACAGCCCCUCAUUCUUCAACACAUUGGAGAUCGAAGCCCUGGUCACCUACCUCAAGAAACUGCUGCAGAGCCAGGGCAAGCGGGGCCGCUCCAGGAUCUCCCCCAAGGAGAUCGGUAUCAUCUCCCCCUACAGGAAGCAGGUAGAGAAGAUCAGACAAGCCAUCACCAGAAUGGACCGAGACCUGAUGAACCUCCCAGAUAUCAAGGAGCUGAAGGUGGGCUCCGUGGAGGAGUUCCAGGGCCAGGAACGGCGUGUGCUCCUCAUCUCCACCGUGCGCAGCUGCACUGAGUACCUCAGCGUGGACGAAGAUUUCAAACUGGGCUUCCUCAAGAAUCCCAAGAGGUUCAAUGUGGCUAUCACCAGAGCCAAGGCUCUGUUAAUAAUCGUGGGCAACCCAGCCGUGCUCAGCAAGGAUACUCACUGGAACAUGUUUCUCAAGUACUGUAUAGCGAAGGGUGGGUACACGGGGUGCCCCUACGCUGAAGAGAGCACAGAAGAGGAUGCCCUUGUGCAGGAGCUUAGCUCCCUUCACUUGAGCACGCAGUCAGCAGGGAACCAGCUCGGGGAGAGCCACAUCCAGCAGCAAGUGGAGCCAGCAUGGAGACACGAGCACUGAGGCAUCGCCUGCAGCUCGUCCUACUGCCAUUUCAGCACCAGCAGGGCGUCUCCUCCCACACUCAGCAACUGCCCUCUGUCUGGUCCCCUCAACCACCUCGCUCACUGACGGGUGUUCCAAGCGCACCAGGGUGGGGCAGCGGAGGGGAACGGUGCAAGUAUUGAACUGGGAGUGUAGCCCCGACUCUAUCCACUAUCCCAACGCCCACCUCUCACAUGGACCCAGCCCCGUCUCCUACCCAUUAGCCUGGCACCCACCUCUGCCCUAGUCUAGUCUAUGUAGGCGCCUCCCUGUAGGAUCUGUCCCAGCUCUGGGGCCCGCUUGCUAACCUGAGCCAGUGAGAUUGUGUAACUCUUGGAAGCACAAGGGUAGCUUGACAUGGAAACUGCCUGGCCGUGUGAGGGGUUUGCACCCUCUCUCCCCAUCCCCUCUCUGCCCAUUGUAGGGAAGGGGAGCUGCAGCAGGAAGCCCUGCCUAUUUGCCGGCAUUGCCACACAAUGGUUUAAACAACGAUUUUACAUCCAAUUUGUGGGAAAAGACUCAAAAAAAAAA